AUGGCAAGCAAACACCGAAGAAUACUUUGUUUUUUAUUUAUCACCGCUACUGGGAUUUACAUUCUCUACAACUGGACAUAUGGAAUAAACGCCACAAGCCCUUACAUGAGAAGUUCUUCAAGUUCGUUUGUAACGCGUGCCAAUAUGACUGUGGGAAAUUUGUCAAAGCUUUUAACCAAAACAACAUUUAUACGCAUAAAAGAAACUUUUUCCAAGAUUAAUAAAGAAUUUCGCCGUCAAAAGAAGCAAAUGUUAGCGAAAAGUGUUAGUUCGUUGGAAAGUACACAAGAGUUGUAUCUAUCUUGCCCUUCAGACCUGUUUUUGCUAAUUUUGGUUCCAAGCCGACCAAAUUCUGUACUCAAUCGUAUUGCCAUGCGAGUAAGUUGGGCUCGAAAUUUUAAGCCAUCGAAAGAAGGAAACUUGAGUGGUAGUUUUAUUUAUCAGGUAGUUUUUGUAAUAACGGAGCACUCGGCAAAAAAUGGCAAUUUAAUAAAUGAGUCAAAAAAAUUUAGUGAUAUCUUACGAGUGGAUCACGACAGUAGAAAUCUGACAGUAAUACCCGCUAUUUACCGUCUUCUUUCACGGAAAUGUAAACCAAAAUUUCUUUUAGUGCUGGAUAGUGAUAAUACUUAUGUUAAUGUCGCCGAGGUUUUGUCAUGGUUAUCAAAACUCAAUCCAAAAGUAAAAUAUGCAGGAAGUGUUAGACAGAGUUUGGCUGCGGAAAAUCUAUCAAACACAUCAAACAAUGCUCAAAACUUCAUACCAUACUGUGUCGGAGGAGUGUACGUACUAGCUGGAAAAAUACUGAAGAGAAUCCUGUAUACUAGCAAGGUCAUUCCUCCGUCGAAGUACGGUACAAAUGAAGCUAUGUAUGUAGGAACAUUGACAAAUUAUAUCGGAAUUAAACCUUACAAUGACGAUAGAUUUUCAUCACAUCCGUUUGAAGAUUUAAAUAUUCGUGAUAUUGAUCCAUGUACAGUGAAGAAAGAAGUCUUUGUUCAUCACGUGUUUCGUCUACGGCAUAUAUUAUUAUAUACUAAGAUGAUUGUUGUAGGAGAACAACCAUGUGUUUCUAAUUAUGAGAGUUGA